CUUCAUCAUGGCCGAAUCCAUCAGAAUGAAUCUGCAGCCGGCUCCGCAUCCAGUUGUCUAUGCCGCCAACUUCCCCCGAGUCCAUGCCGAUAACUUUCCCCUUGGGGAUCGUGCAACGUUCUCCAAGUAUUAUCCAUAUGGGAUCCCCGUCACCUACAAGAUGAUGCACGGCGCGCACUCCCAGGGGGCCGCUCAGACGUAUCUGGAGGACCACCUUCCCGUGGGCUUCUAUACCACCGUGCCGCCCAAGGCAAGGGCCUACAUUUCGACCGCUAAUGGCAGCCGGCCAUUUCGAAAGCUGGACCAUAUCUUGCCCCAGCGCCGGGUCCAUCUAUGGUCGAAAGACGAGAUCCAAACCAUUUGCAACUCGCUUCGCAAGGUGUAUUGGAAUGAGCUGAAGAACAUGCAGCAGCCUCAUUGCUGGGACGACUUGUGGACAUAUUUCGAUGC